UCAAAAACCUUUUAAACUUUAACCUAUAAAAUUCUUUUUUUAAUAGUUUAUUUUAAAGCACAAUUCAUAGCAUUUAAAGCUCUAUUAAAAAUUGUUAAUUAUUUUUUAAAUUCAAAACUCGUAAAAGUAAAAAUUUUAAAUUCCUUUUCGACAAAUACUGCCAUUUUUCCAAAAAGUUUAUAACUGUUAAUCCUGUUAAUUGUUACCAGGGCUCCUUGACCUCUAUAUUAUCAACUAUUAUUUUAUUUCUUACAAUAAAAAAAGUAAAUAAUUCGUUUCGUGGAUAUUCGCGUAUAUAUGUGUCGAUAACAAUAUGUAUAUACAUGAGAAAGGGAAAGGAAAAACAUUCACGCGUGUGUAAGGUGUAAGUGUCAAAUGAUGAGUUUGUGAAUUAACACAAAUACUCUACUUCUUGACCAUCAAAUACAUUUUAGCCCCGAAAAAAAGGAACAACGUGUUUGGAAUUAUUCAUAAAGGAAACAUGGUCACAAAUGGUGAAUGGUAAUCAGCAAUUUCGUGAGAACUCCGAAAAUUCAUCUACUAUGUCCAAACAUCCUCAACAAAAUAGUCAAUAUCUCAAGUAUAUGAGUCUGGUAACUCUUUCGGUGCAAAAUGCUCUUGUCAGUCUUAGCAUGCGAUAUUCUCGCAUUAGGCCGGGGGAGAGAUUUUUAUCGUCUACUGCGGUAGUAAUGGCGGAAGUAGUGAAACUAAUUACCUGUUUAAGUCUCGUGUACAUUGAGGAAGGGAGUUUUUCGAAAUUCUUCAAUUCUCUUAAUACGACAAUUAUUAAGCAACCAUUGGAUACAUUAAAAGUUUGCGUGCCAUCUUUAAUCUAUAUUAUACAAAAUAAUCUUCUCUACGUUUCGGCAUCAAAUUUGGAUGCAGCAACUUAUCAGGUCACUUAUCAAUUAAAAAUUUUGACAACGGCCUUCUUCGCAGUCGUUAUUUUGCGAAAAUCACUCCAUCGAUUACAGUGGUUAGCUCUAUUUUUCCUCCUGAUGGGCGUAAUUCUCGUCCAAUUAGCAGAAAGUGGUCCUCAAAAAGUACCAUCAGGAAUUGAACAAAAUCGUCUCGUUGGAGUUGGUGCGGCACUAACUGCAUGCUUCCUCUCGGGCUUUGCGGGAAUUUAUUUCGAAAAAAUUCUAAAGGGCUCCGAUAUAUCAGUCUGGAUGAGAAAUGUCCAAUUAAGUCUUCUCUCAUUACCAUUCGGUUUAUUCACCUGCCUAAUGAAUGACGGUGAGGUAAUUUUAAAUAAAGGAUUUUUCGUCGGCUACGAUUGGUUCAUCAAUUAUUUAGUGUUACUACAAGCCUGUGGUGGUUUAAUUGUUGCUUUGGUUGUGAAACACGCGGACAAUAUUUUAAAGGGUUUCGCAACAUCAUUGGCUAUUAUUAUUUCUUGCGUCGCGUCAAUUUAUUUAUUUAAUUUUGAACUCUCCUUACAAUUCACCUGUGGUGCUCUUCUCGUUAUAUGUUCAAUUUUCCUGUACGGACAUCAGCCAAAAAGUAUGACAAAUAUCAAGCACACGCGUCUAGAAAAAAUAUGAGAUUUGUGAAAAAGUUGAAGAGAACUUAUGAUAAUUGAAACAAAUGAGAGAAUGUUUGUAAAUUGAGUAUAAAAAGAAGUUUUUAAAAAUAUAUAUACAAAUUUAGAUACAUAAGACUUGUAAACGGCUAAAUAAUGAAUGUCGCCUAUUGUUGAAAGUAUUAUAUAAACUUUAAAAGUUAAUUUAUUGUAGAUUUCCGUCAGAAAACGAAAAAGAAAACAAACAAACAAAUAUAUAUAUAUAUAUAAAUAUUUUUCUACAAAGUUAAUCGACAGAAUGCGAAUUUUGUAUUCUUCUUGUACUUAAAUGGAAACAAAUUAUAUACAAAUUAUACAAAUAAAUGCGAAUUUAAUUUAUAAAA